CAUGUGGGGUCGCAUCCAUGCAGUCGAUUCGUUAUUCAGCUGCUCAGGCGCGAUUUUGCAACGCGGGACAACGCUUCUGUAGGCGCACACAUAUCAGUUCGGAAGAACUGCUACAACUAGAGGGAAACUUAUCCUUAUCUUUAUAUCAGAUUGUGAUGUUUUGAGGCUACUUUGUAGUGAAGAACGGAUCCGGCUUUCUUCCUAAUUCCUCUCUGGAAAUGAAGGAGAUAUUCACUCCAGAUUGAACAGGCGCACUUUUUUACGACUUUUGUGUGUUGCUUGUUAAAAAUAAGCAAUAGAGUUGGAACGUUUUCAGUUCUUUUGGUUUAGCAUCGGAAUUCCGUAAACCAUACAAUGGCCGACAACAAACAGCCGCAAGUUAUUUUUUAUAACGACUCGCCUAAAAGAGUUUUGGUGUCGGUCAUUAAGACCACUCCGAUCAAAGUCAGGAAAGCGGAGGCCCUGACGCCAACAAGCCCCGGGUUCAGCGACUUCAUGGUCUACCCGUGGAAAUGGGGAGAGAACGCCCACAAUGUGACUCUGAGCCCGGGCUCGGUGAGCGAGGCUUCGUCCCCUACCGGGACCCAGACAGCCAGAGAAGCGGACACGGCUCCCUCCCCUGACCAGAUCAAGGAUGGCAUCCGAAGAGGCCGUCCACGAGCUGACACUGUUCGGGAGUUGAUAAGCGAGGGGGAGACCUCAUCCAGCCGUAUCCGUUGCAACAUCUGCAACCGAGUGUUUCCCAGAGAGAAGUCUCUCCAGGCUCAUAAGAGGACACACACGGGAGAGAGGCCCUAUCUGUGUGACUACCCAAAUUGCGGGAAGGCAUUUGUCCAGAGUGGUCAGCUGAAGACGCACCAGCGGCUACACACUGGGGAAAAACCUUUUGUUUGCUCAGAGAAAGGAUGUGGGAAUCGGUUCACACAUGCAAACCGUCACUGCCCCAAGCAUCCUUUCUCUCGUCUGAAGAGAGAGGAACCAAAGGAGGGCCUGGGGAAGGCCCAGUCUGUGGAUAACAAGGCUGUGGCAGAGUGGCUGGCAAAGUACUGGCAAACCCGUGAGCAGCGUGCCCCUACAACUGCCAAGGUUAAGCCACAGGGAAAGGCAAGAGCAGAAGACCAAGAGCAGCAGGAUCCCAUGGAGUUUCUCCAGUCUGACGAAGAGGAGGAAAUCGCUGAGGAGGAGAAGGGCAGCCAGGGAGGAGCCGCCAAGCGCCGCCUUCAGGAGCAACGAGAGCGUCUCCACGGUGCGCUGGCACUCAUUGAGUUGGCCAACAACCUGUCUGCCUGAUCACCUACCCACUUUCUGAUCCUGACACCCUGUUCACCUUCCUACAAAUUGUGCUGUAGCUAAAAAUCAUUUAUAAACACAGAUCAGUGACAACUGUAGUUGGGUUUUAUCAAGUUGUACAAUCACAAUUUGAGAAAGCCGAACAUGUCUGCGAUCAGCACCCCACCCCUGAUCCCCAGCACCAGGAAGGCACAAGCUAAAGCACCUUAUUCAGCUUCUUUUAUCCUUUUAGGCUGCUAUACUUGUAGAUUUAACUAUAUGAAGAAUGUCUUUCUUUCUCAUGUCUUCUAAAGGCAAAGGAAGAAUAUGUUUUAAAAUUGUCAUUUGCACUUUGAUGGUAACAAGUUUUGUAUGUAUAUUAUGAGUGUAAGAGUGUGUAUGACUGGUGUAUAUAUGGAUUAAGCUCAGAUGGACAGAAUGAUACAGGGUGUGGCUAAACAUAGGAAAUGUGAAGUUGCAUUCUGAUGGCCUCUCACCGUGCUCCCAGGUUUCAUCUCCAGCAUUGUAAGCACAGUUAUUGCUGCCAAUAAUGACAGUAGGAAUAAACUGAGAAAGUAGGAGAUAGUUUUAGUCUUAUCAAUACAGUUGAAUGGAUGAGAUGGGACAAAAAAAAAGGCCAGGGGAGCUGGAUCAAUUUGGCAUGUGAAAUGGUCAUUUCUAUAAGUGAACGAGUGGUGAUCAUUGCAAGCAUAAUCCAGAAGUCUGGUGAGGAACGAGCUUUUUCAAGUCGUAAUGACUAUGCUUUGCCAUUUGUCUCAAGUAUGUACACAUAACUAUAUCUGCCUGACAGUAAUAAAUAGGUGUAGGACAAUCCAUCUCAAGCUGGAGCAUGGACUGGGCCACACAUUUCUAUUUGAACCCAACCCAUGCCUGAGUGUGUAGCAUCGAAAUUUCUGCCUGAACCUGGCAUGAACCCUUGAAUAUUGAAGGGUCCGGUCAAGACUCUGUUCAGGUUUCCACACUCUGUCCCAAGCCAGCUAUCCAUUUUGGGGAUUUUGUUGAUUUAAUAUGCUACAGUUUUGCCACAUCUCUAUUUGAACAGUGGUUUUCCUUGAUCUUAAAAAAAAAAAACCAAAACUGUAAAACCUGCAGGCUAUCAACUGUUUUCCACCUGGCGAGAGAUGUUUUCCAAUGGAUGUCAGUCACCGUUUAUAUUAAAAGGUGACCAACAUCCAGUCCAGUUACACUGAAAGCACAGAAGUAGUGAUGGUAGUGUGUGUGUGGCGCUCCAAUGUCCUAGUUUAAAUUAUGCGAUAUUUAUUUCACCAUAUUUUGCUUAGGGGUAACAUGUUGCUUAUAUAUUUGAGAGCGCUGGAAUCACUUCUGUA